AUGUUGCCUGCAUUUGCUCCCUUUGUCAGUCGACGCAGCGCCGUUCAUAGCCUCCAUGGAAUGGUAGCAUGUUCUCAGCCUCUGGCUGCUGUUGCCGGUCAAAAUAUUCUACGACAAGGAGGUAACGCUGCGGAUGCUGCUAUUGCUGUAGCCUCUUGUCUGAAUGUCACUGAGCCCUGGUCUACUGGAAUUGGAGGUGACAUGUUCUGUCUUUACUAUGACGCGAAAACGAAAGCUGUUCAUGGCUUAAAUGGGUCUGGACGAGCUCCAGGCAACAUUUCACUUGAGGAAGUACGAAACAAACUACGAGUACCAGAUUAUCAAGCUGGGAACAUUCCCCUUACCAGUGUGUAUGCAGUAACCACCCCAGGUGCUGCUGCAGGUUGGGUAGACACCGUCGAAAUCUUUGGCAGUGGGAAGCUUUCUUUGAUGCAAAUCCUUCAGCCAGCUGUAAAUUUAGCCCAAAGUGGUUUCCCCGUCUCUGAGAUAUCAGCACACUACUGGAAAGCCAAUGAGCCCUCCCUUCGCAAGGCUUCUGCAAACUUCAAAGAAAUGUUGAAAGAGGACCCUGCUGCCAAAGAUGGUGUGCGGGCACCGCGGGUAGGAGAGAUCAUGAAGAUACCUCGUCUCGCAGAGACAUUUAUUCAGCUGGGCACGCAUGGCAAGGCCGGAUUCUACUCUGGUCGCGUGGCUGAGGCAAUUGAUCAGGUCAUGAAAGAUCUCGGUGGGUAUUUGACCAAAGAUGAUCUGGAAUAUCAUGCGAGCAAGGGUAGUAAGGCCGUCGAUCCCAUGUCCUUACGUUUCACCCCUAAGAAUGACACUGAUCAAAGCGUUGAUGUUUGGGAACAUCCACCCAAUGGUCAAGGGAUCAUUGCGCUCAUGGCCCUUGGCAUCAUUCAGGAACUGGAGGGCUCGGGAAAGAUAUCCCGAAUUCCCCAGCAUAACUCGGCAGAGUACCUACACUUGAUAAUCGAGACCCUCCGUAUUGCGUUCGCGGACGGCGCAUGGUGGAUCUCGGACCCAGAACACAACGCGAUGCCAGACUUACUCUCACGGUCGUACCUAGCGGAUCGUGCCACGCUUUUCAACCCAGAUAGCGCAUCGGAUAUCCUGAAUCAUGGCAGCCCGGCACUCAGAUCCAGCGACACAGUUUACUUCGCCGUGACUGACUCAAGUGGGAACGCUAUUUCGGUGGUCAACAGCAAUUACCACGGUUUUGGCACCGGGGUCAUCCCACGGAAUUGUGGAUUCACUCUACAAAGCCGGGGAGCGAACUUUUCGCUCGUGUCUGGUCAUCCAAAUGCACUCGCUCCACGCAAGCGACCCUAUCAUACCAUCAUUCCGGCGAUGGCAACGAAUGCAGCAGACGGAUCACUUCAUUCCGUGUUUGGCGUGAUGGGUGGAUUUAUGCAGCCACAGGGUCAUGUGCAAGUUUUGCUUAACAUGCUCGUUUUUGGGAUGAGUCCACAAGAGGCUUUGGAUGCGCCGCGCGUUUGUAUUGGAGGUGGUAUUCCCGAGGACGAUGGCACCGUGGAUCUGACUGUACACCUGGAAGAAGGAAUAUCUGCGGAUGUGGUGGAGCAGUUGGAGAAGAAAGGACACCGAGUCCAAUUGCGGACAGGCUGGCAGCGUGAUAUGUUUGGCAGAGGGCAGAUUAUCCUUUCCGUUGUUAAUGAGGGCCAAAGAAUCUAUUCGGCUGGUAGUGAUCCGAGGGGUGAUGGCAUGGCUCUCCCUCUCUAG